CUCUCUGUAUUGUUCUGAUAUUAGAAAUACAAUAAAACUUCUUAACCUAACUCCAAUGUGUUUGUUAUACAUUUCGCAUUAACUUGAUUUGUGCAUUUGAGUUUUUUUUUAUAAUGACUAACCUUAUUUUCUAUGUUAAAUAACAAAUUUAUUGAAACAUAUUGGGUAAUAGUCAUUACUGAGGGUGGAAUAGAAUUUUAUCCUGAAUAAAACUAAUUCUUCCAGGGUAGGGUUAGAGCUAACAUUUUACAGCAGAUAAAGCCUUUGAUGUAAACGAUCAUGGACAGUGAAAAGAAAAGUAACAAUGAGAGAGUUGAAGAUGACAUAAACUUAUCAUCUUUAGCCAAGGAGGCUGUAUUUGUGGAAAGCACUGGUAUGCCCGCUGAAACACCAGUUGUUAAAGGCUAUGACUGGAACAAAGGAGUGGAUUACAAGGCUAUCCUGGAAAGUUACCGUUUUAGCGGUUUCCAGGCUACCAAUUUUGGAUUGGCAGUAGAAGAAAUUACAAAUAUGUUGAAAUGCAGAGACAUUCCACUGAGCGAAGAACAAGAAGAUUCCUUGGAAGACGACGAGUUCAUUCAGAGGAAACACAGCUGUACGAUAUUUCUCGGAUAUACUUCCAACAUGGUAUCCUCAGGAGUCAGGGACACAAUCAGGUUUUUGGCUGAACACCGUCUAGUGGAUUGCAUCGUCACCACGGCCGGCGGAGUUGAGGAGGAUCUAAUAAAGUGUUUGGCUCCGACAUACAUCGGAGACUUUCACCUCAGAGGAAGUUCCCUCAGAGAGAAAGGUCUGAACCGUAUUGGAAACCUACUGGUACCCAAUGAUAACUAUUGUUUAUUUGAGGACUGGAUCAUGCCUAUUCUAGACACUAUGUUAGAAGAACAGAAGAAAAAUAAAGUGACGUGGACACCAUCAAAAGUGAUCGAAAGACUUGGCCUAGAGAUAAAAGAUCCCAGCUCUAUCUACUAUUGGACUGCCAGAAACCAUAUUCCAGUGUUCAGCCCAGCCCUGACUGACGGGAGCUUAGGAGACAUGAUGUUCUUUCAUUCCUUCAAGAAUCCUGGCCUUGUGAUCGAUAUACUUCAAGAUCUUCGCCGACUGAAUACCAUGGCAAUGAAAGCCGUACAUUCUGGACUGGUGGUACUUGGAGGUGGUGUCAUCAAACACCAUAUUUGUAAUGCUAAUCUCAUGAGAAAUGGUGCAGAUUACGCUGUAUUUAUCAACACUGCAUCAGAAUUUGAUGGUAGUGAUAGCGGAGCUAGACCCGAUGAGGCUGUUUCAUGGGGAAAGAUAAAGAAAACUGCAAAUCCAGUAAAGAUCUACGCAGAAGCUACUCUUGUGUUCCCAUUGUUGGUAGGAGAAACUUUUGCUGCCUAUCACCACAACAAAAAGAUAUUUGAUACAUCAGGAUUGGAAAGUAACUGAACAAUGGCUGUGAAACAUAAAAUUAAGGUGUUAUUUGUAUUAUUAAAGAUGUUUAAAAAUA